AUGAGUAUACCAUUUGGUUUGGAUUUUGGUAAUAACAACUCAGUUUUAGCUGUAGCUAGAAACAGAGGUAUUGAUGUUGUAGUCAAUGAAGUCUCGAACCGUGCUACACCAUCUUUGGUUGGUUUCGGUCAAAAGAAUAGAUUCUUAGGUGAAGCUGGUAAAAAUAAGCAAACUUCAAACAUCAAGAAUACUGUUGAUAACUUAAAGAGAGUUAUUGGUAUGGAUUACACUGAUGCGGACUUUGAACAUGAGUCCAAGUUCUUCUAUUCCCAGUUGGUAAAGAUGGAUGAUAAUAAGGUUGGUGUCAAGGUUAGAUUUGCUGGUGAGGAAAAAGUGUUUUCUACUAUCCAAUUGGCUGCUAUGUACAUUAAUAAAGUGAAGAACACUGCCAUUGAGGAAACUAAGGGUAAAAUUACUGAUGUGGUGCUUGCUGUGCCAGUCUGGUAUACUGAAGAGCAAAGAUAUGCAGCAGCAGAUGCAGCCAGGAUUGCUGGAUUGAACCCUGUUAGAAUUAUCAAUGAUGUUACUGCAGCAGCGGUUUCUUACGGUGUUUUCAAGAAUGAUUUGCCAGAAGGCGAUGAGAAGCCAAGAGUUGUUGCAUUCGUUGACAUCGGUCACUCUUCCUACACAUGUACUAUUGCAGCAUUUAAGAAAGGUGAACUAAAGGUCUUGGGUACUGCGUACGACAAGCACUUUGGUGGUAGAGAGUUCGAUCGUGCUAUUACGGAGCACUUUGCUGAUGAGUUCAAGACCAAGUAUAAGAUCGACAUCAGAUCUAACCCUAAGGCUUACAACAGAGUUCUAACUGCAGCAGAAAAGCUAAAGAAGGUUUUGUCUGCUAACUCUACCGCCCCAUUCAACAUUGAGUCUGUGAUGAACGAUGUUGAUGUCUCAUCUCAAUUGACUCGUGAAGAGUUGGAGAAGCUUGUUGCACCUCUAUUGGAGCGUGUUACCGAGCCUGUCACAAAGGCUAUGGCUGCAGCCAAGUUGACUCCAGAGGGUGUUGACUUUGUGGAAAUCAUUGGUGGUACUACUCGUAUCCCAUCUUUGAAGAACGCUAUUUCUGAGGCUUUCGGUAAGCCAUUAUCAACCACUUUGAACCAAGAUGAGGCAAUUGCUAAGGGUGCAGCUUUCAUUUGUGCCAUCCACUCUCCAACCUUGAGAGUCAGGCCAUUUAAGUUCGAGGACAUCCACCCAUACUCUGUUUCCUACCACUGGGACAAGCAAGAGGAAGAUGAGGACCACCUUGAAGUUUUCCCAGCUGGCUCCACCUACCCAUCCACUAAGUUGAUUACUUUGUACCGUACUGGUGACUUCUCCAUGCAGGCCAAAUACACCACUACUGAAGGUCUUCCAGCUGGUGUUGCUCAAAAGAUUGCUUCUUGGGAUAUCUCUGGUGUUAAGAUUCCAGAAGGUGAAAGCUCUGUUGUCGUUAAGCUAAAGUUGAGAUGUGACCCAUCCGGUUUCCAUACUAUCGAGGACGCCUACACUGUUGAGGACAUUAAGGUCAAAGAAGCACUCCCAUUACCAGCUGAUGCUCCAGAAGAUGCUGAGCCUGAAUAUAAGGAAGUCACCAAAACUGUCAAGAAGGACACAUUGCGCAUCAAGGCCCACACUUUCGCUUUGGAAGAGGCAAAACUGAACGAGCUCAUUGAAACUGAGAAUGAAUUGUUUGCUCAAGACAAGCUUGUUGCAGAAACUGAGGACCGUAAGAACGCUCUUGAAGAAUACAUUUACACUUUGCGUGGUAAGUUGGACGAAGAAUACGCUUCUUUCGCUUCUGAUGAAGAAAAGGACAAAUUGAGGGGUAUGCUAACCAAGGCUGAAGACUGGUUGUACGAUGAGGGUUAUGACUCCACCAAGGCCAAGUACAUUGCGAAAUAUGAAGAGUUGGCCGCUAUAGGUAAUGUCAUCAAGGGCAGAUACCAAGCUAAGGAAGAAGAAAAGAGACAAGCUCUAAGAGCCAAGCAGGAAGCUGCCCAAAUGGCUGAAAUGGCUGAAAAACUAGCUGCUGAAAGAGCUGCCGCUGAAAAACAAAAGGAAACUGAUCAGCAACAAAAGGUUGACGCCGAAGGUGAUGUGGAUUUGGAUUAA